AUAAUAAAUAAUGGAAGGAAAAACGUUCUGUAGAGUUAGUCCCUGGUGAGAUAGGCGUUUACAGUCCGAAUUGCCUCUGGGAAGAAACUCCUUCUCAAGUCAGGAUUGAACACGGGUCACUGGGGCUGCUCCACUGUGAACCUGCUUCCAUCUGCACGGUAACAGAUUGCCAAUGAUUUUAAAUCUGUUGCCGGACCCUGGACCACCCAUCCCUGGGACUGUUUGCUGGGGCCACCCAUCUUUGUGACCGUGACCGUGACCUGCGGCCAGCCAGUGUGGCAGUGUGUCUCUGUGUUUACAGCGUGCAACUGAAUGAGAGUAACAGUUGAGUGAGGUGCCAGCACAAAGCCACCCCGUGAUCUAACGUCAUUGGCCAUUCAAGGCUGGGAGCGGCGCUCCAUUCAUAAAAUGAGUGGAUUAAAGCGGGAGGAGUGGCCAGCGCUCUCCGGGGGUUCACAGCGACGUUGGAGUGCGGGAUACGGGCACUGAGCGUGUUGUGUUGUGUUGUACUGUGCUGUGCUGUGUUGUGCUGUGUUGUGUUGGUUUACUACUCGGGGCUGCGGGUAGCGGCGGACCGCGGGGCUGGGCCGGGGAUGGAGAUGUCAGAUGUGGAGUGCAGUCAGGUGAAGCGCUUGCUGAGGCAGCACGGCCGCAAAUGUCUGCUGUUGGACUGCAGGUCGUUCCUGGCUUACAGCGCCCACCACAUCGGCGGCUCGCUCAACGUCCGCUGCAACACCAUCGUUAAACGCAGAGCCAAGGGCUCGGUCAGCCUGCAGCACAUCAUCCCGGCCGAGGAGCAGCGCAGCCUGCUCCAGUCUGGCUUCUACUCCGCCCUCGUUCUGUACGACGAAAGGAGCCAGCGCUUCGAGAUGGUCAGACACGACAGCACCGUCAACACGGUCCUGGGCGCGCUGUCCGCGGCCUCCUGCCCGACACAGACCUACUUCCUCGCGGGAGGAUAUGAGAGAUUUUCGUCAGAAUAUCCCGAGUUCUGUGUAAAAGCAAAAAGUCCAUCAGGAAUCUCAACAGAGUCCAUCAUCGAGUCAUCUGAGACAAGCUCGAGUGCCUGUGGAACUCCACUCCAUGACCAGGGUGGUCCAGUGGAAAUUCUCCCUUUCCUUUACCUUGGAAGUGCACACCACGCUUCAAAAAGGGACACACUCGAUGCCAUGGGGAUUACAGCUCUCCUUAACGUCUCCUCCAACUGUCCAAACCACUUUGAGGAUCAUUAUCAGUACAAGUGCAUUCCAGUGGAGGACAACCAGAAAACAGACAUCAGUUUCUGGUUCAUGGAAGCAAUAGAGUAUAUCGAUUCUGUCAAAAACGUUGAUGGACGAAUUCUGGUACAUUGCCAGGCUGGGAUCUCGAGGUCUGCCACCAUCUGCCUUGCCUAUUUAAUGAUGACUAAACGUGUGCGGCUGGAAGAGGCCUUUGAGUUUGUCAAGCAGAGACGAAGCAUCAUCUCUCCCAACUUUAGCUUCAUGGGACAGCUGCUACAGUUUGAAACUCAGAUCCUCGCCUCCUCCUGUUCUGUAAAAACUGCCAGUCCGUCGAGGAGUCUCAGGGAGCAGAGUAAAUCAUCAGCAACUCCAACCUCGCAGUUUGUCUUCAGCUUCCCUGUCUCUGUCAGUGUUCAUUCAAACCCCAAUAACCUCAACUACUUACCCAACCCGAUCACAAUGUCGCCCACCUACUAAAGGACGAGAGGCUGAAUACACCUAAAAAUUCCAUUCAACAGAGCAUCCAACUGAUAGUCUGCUCCACAACAUGACCCUCUCAGCGUAGGGGAAUGGACUUGGGUGAACGUUCACUUUUAACAUUAAUACACCUAGAAAUGACACUGGCUAGUUUUACUUCUUGUCACUGAAUCGUUCAGACCGGAAGGUUUUCUUUGCAAUAAGUCACAAUUCACUUUUGAAUAAUCAUGGAGUUUGAUUUCCUAUUGAAAUAGAUUUGUCAGUAUUUUUAUUGCAACAACCGAUUAAUGCAAGAUUCCUUCCCUUCAAGCAAGCUGCCAGCAUGGGCCUCCAUGGUAAACGUCCAGUAGACAUCCCUUCAUCAGUGUUAAAACUUGCUGGGACUUUAUCCUGGUAUUGCAUGAGAAAUUAGAAUGUUUGAAUCAGAUACAAAUCUCACAUUGUCGAUGUGUAAGACAACCUGCCAAUCAAUAAUUCAUGCCAAUCUCUUGCCAUUUGCCCAACUGGGUAGGCCCCAUGAUGGACAGUUAGCAAAUCUUCAUCUUUCUUCUUUCUGUAUUUUCUUGCUUGGAUUUGGCUGGCUUACCCAGAGAAUAUGGGCCUCAUUUUCCAGUUUCUGAAUAACAGUGGGGUUCGAUCUGUGCACAAAUCAAUGGGAGUUUAAAUGCCAGCAAUCAUUUAUUCAUAUACUUGAAUAUCUGUUUGUGGAGAUCAUCGUUUUUGUGAAAGCAGUAAAAAUAUCUCAUUUAUCCAUGUUCUCCCGAGAUUUCCCUGACCCAUUGAGUUACUCCAGCACUUUCUGUCUGUUUUGGUAAACCAGCAUUUGCAGUUCCUUGUGUCUACUGCUGAAAGCCUCAUCAAAAGCAGUCCAUUGGGAUUGAGGAGGGCUAGCUUCAUUCAGGUUCUGUGUAGCCUCUAUCUGCCAGCCUGUCGAAUCAGGCACUUUCUGUCGAAUCUGAGGCAGUUGGUCAGAUGACUGGCUCCGACUUCUAUUUUUGCUCCCUAUGUCUGGACACAAAGUUGUCUGGACCAUCUCAAAGGCUUUUUUUUCGAUGUGUUCAAGAGUCAGGUGAUCCCAGAAGUCCAUUGGGGGCUGUUGCAAUUUUUCAGGGAGGUUUUGCGAACAUCCUUGAAUCUUUUCCUCUGAUCCAGGUCAUCUUUUCCCCAUGAAAGAACUGGAAUAGAAUCCAUAGCGUUACUUAAAGACCAAGAGCAGCUUGGAUUUCCCACUUACACAGAGGAGAAAUUUUCGUCUGCAAACCAAGCAAUAUUAGAAAGAAAUGAUAUGUUGUGGGCUGAAGGGAUGGACUUGUGAAGCAUUUCCUCACUGGAUCUGCUGGAGGCUCAAAUGAGAGGUUGUCCUUUCAGGUAGUUAGUUUCCUUUCUGGCAUUCCCACUGGUUCCUGCACCCAGGACAUAGAAAACAAUCGGCAUUGUAACUCAGAAAGGUUCCGACCCGAGAUGUCACCUGUCCUUUCCCUCCCCAGAUGCUGCCUGACCUGCUGAGUUCUUUGGAUUUGCUCAAGUUUGCAGCAUCUGCAGCUAUUUGUGUUGUGUUGUAACUCUGUUGAAAACUGAGCUAUCUGGCCACAAGGUCCCUCCAGUGUGGAGUGAUACAGGAGCAGACAGACAUUCGAUGUUAGGUGAGGUUAAGGGGCAGCCUUGUCUUGUACUGGUCAACAUAACACAGAAUUUGCUAGGAUUAUGGUUGCUGUAUUAUAAUGCACAUUAUUAAAAAUAUGUCAGCAAUUUUCAGCAAGAAAGUGACUUGCAAAGCACUAAGAUUAGUUUAAUUUAGAGAUACAACAUGGCAUAAGGCUCUUUGGCCCACGCCAACCAUCAAUCACCCGUUCACAGUAGUUUCAUGUUAUUCCACUUUCUCAUCUAUUCCCUCCACACUAGGGGCAAUUUACAGAGGUUUAAUUAACCUACAAACCCACACUUCUUUGGGAUGUGAGAGGAAACCAAAGGGAGAACGAGCAAACUCCGCACAGACAACACUCGAGGUCAGGAUUGAACCCGGGUCUCUAGCACUGUGAGGCAGCAGCUUUACCAGCUUUGUCGCCCAACAGAUCUUAGAUGGUGAGUACUUCUCAGCCAUUUGCCCCUUAACAGCGGAAUCAUGCCAUCAAGAAGUUGCUGAAUUUGCUUCCUCGUACUCACUGCAGAACGUUAGAGAUACCUAGUUCAUCAUGGGGACCAUGUUAUCAGGGUCACUCAACCUUGGAGGCUAUUGCUUUCCAUUCUGUUUUCUCCUUUGUCUAUUUGUAGGAGAAGUGAUAUUGGGAAAAACUAGAAAGCGUUUUCAUUGAUUAAUGAGAUUCUGAUCCCAUCUUUGUACAUAGUUUUAUGGACCUUUUGGCCAAUAGUAAAUCUCAGUUCCAACAAUUAGUGGCACAAAAAUUGUUGGAGCCAGAAGUUGUGGAAGAAAAACCUAUUUCAAGGUUCAAGGUCAGUUUAUUGUCACAUGUACCAAUUUAAAGUACAGUGAAAUUCAAACUACCAUACAGCCAUACUAAAAAAAGCAACAAGACUCACAGGUACAUCAAAAUAAACAUCAACAUCCACCACCGCAGAUUCCCCACGUUCCUCACUGUGAUGGAAGGCAAUAAAAUCCAAUCUUCUUCCUCUUUUACUGACCAUGAAAUGACUCACUUCUGCAAGCUCUUACUGAAAUAACAUUUCAAUCCAAAUUUGACGAUACUGUUUAGAAGAUUGUUUAGAAGCCUUACUUGUCAAGGCCCGAACUUGGUGCCUCAUCAAAAUGGAGACCAGGUCAGCGAAUCAGUACCUGUAUUUAUAACCCAUUUCUACAUGUGUUUGAUUAGUAAGACUACACACAGAAAUAGAGCAUCAAAGGUUUGCCCAAAUGCAAUACACAGAAGUGAAUGUCUUGAUAUUUUCACAUGUUUGCAAUAAAUAUUAUUUUGAAGAUGGAUUGAGAAAAAAUGUGCAAUAACUGGCAUGUGAAUGUGGUGUGUUACUUUAUACUUUGUAUAUCUAUCAUUUCAUUUGUCAUUCUGAAGGUCAGAAUCUCUUCCUCAAUUAUUUGUCAUUCAGCUGUUUGUAAAAAAAAAGAAAUAACAAAGAGAUCUUUUCAACUUUUGUUGGUUGUCAUGGAUGUGUUCGCAUUCCCUUACUGCUCUUCUGGAGAAUGUUGUAAUAGGUUACCUUCAAAUGCUAUGCAAAUCGCUCCUGGAUGGUUAUGGACUUGAAAUUUCUGUUCAUUAACACGUUAUUAGGUAACAUUUACUGUAGUAACCAUGCCCUGAUUUUCUCAAACACUCAUUUUCCUAUGCAACGGUUCUAAGGAAAGUGUGUAGGAUCAGCGACGAUGCAGUGUCUCUUUGGAUAUCACAAAUUGCUUCCGCUCCAGUUCUCUGGGAGCUGAUGGGUCCAUGUUGGAUCAGUAGACACUGCCACAUAGAGGGUGCAGUUGAGUGGGCAGUGUGGGAGCUAAUGCACUUCUUCUGCCUCUUUCAUUUGCAGUUCAGGUGCUGCUGAAGAUACUUGCAGCAGCUGUGCUCAGCAGGUUAGCAAAGGAAAACUGGCUGCGAAAAGCUUUGUGUAGAAAGGAACAUUAGAUGCUGGUAUAUAACGAAGAUGGACACAAAGUGCUGAAGUAACUCAGCAGGUCAAGCAACAUCUCUGGAGAAAAAGGACGGAGAACGUUUUGAGUCGGGACUCUUCAUCAGUCUGAAAGUAUAAGGGAGGGAAUCUUAGCUCCCUUUGCGGGAUCCUUGAGAUAUAUGACAUUGCUUUCCUUGCAGCCGUGUUUCUUAUAUUUUGGGGCUAGAUAGACAGACGAGGCAGUGGUCAGCCCAGCAGUUGCCAUUAACGAGCCUGAAGCAGGCCAUCCCCACUGGUCAUUUGAGUGCUCCCAGUGAUUCCUACAUAUCCUAAAAAUGCGAGCGAUGGGAGUUUUGAAAAAGGAGAAUCAUAAAUAAACUCUUCCAGAAAGAGGAGAUC